CGUACGUACGUACAGAUCCAUGGUGCGUCGGAGUUCAGAGACGGCGGAGAAAGCGUGGGGUCGUUACUUCAUCUGCAUGGUGAUGGUGAUGCUGCUGCUGCUGAGCUGCUGCUGCUGCUGUCACCACCUCUACGGCAGCGGCGGGCGGUGCGAGGAAAUAUACGUGGUGAGGGAAGGAGAGACGCUGCAGACGAUAGGGGACAAGUGCGGCGACCCUUUCAUCGUCGAAGAGAAUCCGCACAUCCACGAUCCCGACGACGUCUUCCCCGGCCUCGUCAUCAAGAUCAAUCCCGGCCUUUCACCAACCUCCUCCUCGGCGUAGUCUAUAGCUUCUUCAUCCAUCUAAUUCGCCCUUCAUUUAUAAUCUAGGCUAGCUACUCCUAAUCUCAUCAGGGUGGACUGGGUACGUACUAUGUGUUACGUUUCAUGAUCGAUCAUGUUGAUGAUGAUGAUUUGUGACGAUAUAUCGAUCUAUGUACGUGGAUGGAUCGUUAUAUUUAUGUUUAGUAAAUUAUAAUAGUGGAUUUUCCAACGUUUUGCAUAUAUAUAAUAAUGUCACCUUGCGUUCUUCCUUAGGCAAUGGUAAAUAUUUUGCUGCUAUCUUCCGUUGCCGGAGGAAGAGACUGAAAAGGUCACCCGCUGGUAGGUAGGUAUAGUAGCCUAAUGAUGCCACGCAUUACCUCAUUCCAAAUUGCAAACAGAAUUUAAUUACUCAAUAACUCUUUUCAUUGUAGAAGACAAUUCGUAAAUAAAGUAGGCAAUAUGGUAACUAUUCUCAUCCCCAUUUCUAAUUACCCAAAUUCGUAUCCGUAAUUGACAAUUAUACUGAGGAAGGCUUUGCAACCUCUUCCCCAUAACUAAAUUCAUAAAUUUAAUAUUAUUACAAUACCUAAGUUCAACAGGUAGAUCUUCAAUUUUAAUACUAACAGACCUAUUAAAUCAUGAAAUCAAUAAAAGUACAACCUUUAAAGCGAACUGGAAACAUUGAAUCCUAAAUCAUCUAUAAGACAAAGUGCAAUGCUAUCUAAAUCGUUCAUCUCCCACUCCAACACAUCUAUCAGAAUAAUUUAACAUUAUUUUACACAAUAUAAUAUUGUUAACAAAGUCGAAAGAAGUGAAAAAGUGAAGGACGUGUUGAGGAAAAGAAAUUAAGAUUUGACUUGGCGGUGGUUAUUCAAUUACAUUUCACCUCUUUAUUUUAUAAAAUUACCCUUUUGUCUUUGGCAAGUUAUAAUUUGAUCCUUAUAUUUUUUAUAAAUGAACAAAUGUUUUUGAAGGGGAUGGGAGCUAAAACCAUACCCACCACAUCCCAUCGAACUUUACGUGGGUUUUACCAUUUCUGCUUGAUUACCAGUCAAUGUGAGGAGUCCCAGAGUUCACUGAGUCUAGGAGAGGGCGUCGAAUACCCGCGGUUAUUAGUUUUCUUACAUAUUAUAAGUAGCUUAAUUAAUAUUCAGCAACUAUUUAAAUAUACGAAUGAACUAGUAAUUGAUGAACCAAAUAGAAUUGUGAAUGAAACUUUUUGCACUCUGUGUGAGCAACCCUAUUAAUGUUUAAAACCCGAGGUAUUGCAGAGAAUUUGACAUCAUACAGGUCGUAGCUAUAUAGCUUUUAGAUCUCGUCCAAUGAGUCACAUAGAUGAAGGUAUGUUUUCAUUAGAGCUACUUCUAGAUCAUUUUUAAUUGUGUCGUAUAGAAGUAAUUUAUCACUUUUUUUUUGUAUAAAGUACACGUAUUAUAAUACCGUAGCUUGGUUUCCAUGCUGAGUAAAAGUGAUUGAUAUUUUUGAAGUGAAAUGAUGGCUAUAUAUGUUGUUGAUUGCAUCUUUUCUUCUCCAACUCACUCCAAAUCUUUCGGUUUGAAUUUCAUGCAUAUAAUAAAAUAGUUAGAAGUCUCUUUAAUUUUGAUGAUUUUCCCCUAGUCCCACAUUAUAAAAACAGAAUGAUUCCAACAUGUAUAAUGAGGGUGGAGAUAACAAUAAUAAUUAUAGCAAAACUGAAUCAUGAAACCAUAUUCCCUGGAACUGGAAAUUAGAAAAAUCGGCAGGUGGUGCUACUCAUUUCAAACAGGAAAUUAAUAUCCAAAAGAAAAAAGAAAAAAAUAAAGGUAACUAAUUAUU